UGUUUAUUGAAUUUGGUUUAUUUAACUUUAUGUUAAUUUGGCAAAUAGAAAGCUAGCUAACCGGUGCAGAUUCCCCCUUUGUUGACAGAAAGCGCAAAGGAAACUGAAGAGUGGCGCCCGCUGAGUUCAUCCCACCCACGUACCAGUAAUCCGAGGAACCGAAACCCCACAAUGCAAUUGACGUGGCAGAGAGAUCAGAUAAAUUUAAUACUUCCCAUAGCCGUGAUUUGUUGUUGUCUGCUAAUCGACGUAACCAGCGCUCAAGAGGCCCAACAACCAUGGUACGAGAAUCUUCCAGCGGUGGCCAUGGACUACAAGGUUCACAUAGAUGCUGGUAAGGAGGACUGCUACCAUCAGUACGUUAAGGCGGGAGCCACCUUCUACGUGUCUUUCAGUGUGGUGCGAGGAGGCGAUGGCAUGGCUGGUUUCGCAGUCCGCAAUCCUGCUGGAGAGGUGGUGAAGCCCUACCAGUGGCAGGCAACUGCAGAUUACACGGACCAGGUCUCGCCAGGUGGCUACUAUUCCGUGUGCAUCGACAACCAGUUCUCCCGAUUUGCUAGCAAGCUGGUCAACAUCUAUAUCACAGUAGUGAAGUACGAUGCCUGGGACAAGUACGCCAAGGAGAUCGAACAGCUGCAGCUGAACAUGCAAAACUUCACAGCCACCAUUGGCACCGUGGAGCGGAAUAUAAACGACAUGAUGGGCUAUCAAGCGCAUAGCAGGCAUCGGGAAUCUCGCGAUUAUGCGUUGCUGUUGGACAACAAUGCUUAUAUUCAAACCUUCUCGAUUAGCCAAAUAGUGGUCAUAUUGAUCACGUGCUCCAUACAGGUUUUCUUUGUGCGCAAACUAUUCGAAGUCAAGUCGGGCUCCAAAAGUCGCAUUUAAGCUCGUCAAGUAACUUU